CUGUACGUAAGAAGGAAACAUUGUGAGCGGCAUUUGGCAACGCUCUUCAUUCAGCGAUGUUGGCACUCACGUUGGCGGCAGGAAUCUCCUUCGCGUCCACACUCAGAAUAGGUCAGGGAGAAAUCCAACGGCCCGAGUUGACGCAAUGCCCAUUUACUAAGAAAGCCUUGGAACUUCAGAACUUGGUCAUACAAGAUCUAGCGCUCGGCCGAGACAUGAAGCUUAACUUCACUGGGCUGCUCCUGGAAGAAACGGUGGGCGAGCCAGCUCUGAAGUUCACGAUGUGGAAUUCCUACAACGUCCGAAUGCCUUGCAUCGAGGACUAUGGCAGCUGCACGUACAAAAUGUGCGGCGGCACCACGGUGAUCGAGAAGAUGGCGAGCGGAAGCUGGAACAACACUUGUCCUAUUUUGCCCGGAACGUACGAAACUUACAUGAAGCUGCCGGUGAUAUCGGCCGCCAAGUACGUCCGCGAGAAUGGCACCUUUCGGGUGAAGUUGGAGGCCGUAAAUGGGAGAGAAGUGGUUGAAUGCAAGACGUUCCAUGUUUAUCUCGCACCGAACUAAAAGAAAACGGUUAUUCCGAUUGUCACUGCGUUGCUUGCCCCCGGGUCAAGCCACAUCAAAUCCAAGUUUAUUUCACACAGCAAAACGGUUGUCCGU